GAUUUGCAUUGUCUUCUUGUCAAAUAAAAAUCUAGAAUUUAUUAAAACUUAUCUACUCUCAUGUCCUGUAUGUACUAAUGUGCAAUCUAUCUCAUCACAUGAAAUCUUUGCCAUUAAUACAAUGAUCAAUGAACUAUAUUUCUUAUAAAUAGGUAAGGUAUUGGGAUGCUAUUUAUAUAGGGUAGGAUAUGCAGAGGAAUGGUCAAAUUUGUGUUUAUUUUUACUGGUCAUUAGUAUGUGUUAGAAGUCAAUUAAAUUGAUAUAAGCUUGUCUUCCUAAUUAUCUUCAUUGUUGAUUUUUGUAAUAUCAGCCAUUUGUAUAAAUCAAACACCGUAAAAUGUCUCUUACUAAAAGAAAAUAAAUUCCUUUUAUAAUAGGAGGUGUAGGUCUAAUAAAUACUCUUUGUUAUGUCUAUGUCAUGUGAAUGGAAUUGUAAUGGUAAUGAAAUUUGCAAUUGCAUAAUUAGUUCAGAACUUAAUCUUGCUAGGUCUCUGUAUGUAUGCAUGUUUACAUUGUUUCUAUGUGUAUGUUUGGCAUUGGCCAUUGUUGUGCAAUCAGCAAUUUUCAAUAAAGUUCUCUUUAUGGCUUGUGUUGGAAACUUAUGAUAACAGCCAUAUAUACUUUGCUGGAUUUUAAUCAAUCUUAGGUUUUGAGUUAUGAAAUUAAUUUCCUUUAGCAUGUUGUACAGUCAAAAGCACAUUAACCUAUCCCAAUUCAUUUUAAUCCUGCACUAUUAUUAAUAUAUUGUAUAGUAACCUGCAGUUUAAUGUAUCUAAUCUCUUGUUAAUUUUUUUUAUCAUAGAAUUAUGUAUGUGGCAAAUUCAAGUCUUAUCCAAGUGUGUAAUUGAUAUUUUUAAAGCUAAAUUGAUAUUUUUAAUACCUGAAACUUUAAAUCUUAAUUUCUACAUGCCACAUAAAGAGAUCACAUACACAAUGAGAUCUCAAACAAUUUUAAGAUAAUAUUUUGCCAUUGAAAUAUUGUAGGAAAAAUAUUGCAUCAAAUAAAAUCAGACAAACAAGUUCUAGAAAUAAUUUCAUUCCUUUUUUUGGUAGCAUCUUAUUAUUCACAUAAAUGUGUUUACAAAGUGUGUCCAGUAGUUUAAAUCAGUAUUAAAUGUUCCAAGUUUUACUUUCUAAAUGCCAUUUAGUUAUUUAAAUACCCAGAAUAAAUUUCUAAAUAUUAGCCUAUAUUUAAUAUUUACUUACAUAUGAUUUUUUGUCUGUGUGUUUGAAUUAUUGUACUGAACAAAUAAGGUGAUAUAAAAUUACCUUGUCGCAUACAGACAUUACAUACAUACAAGCCUUACAAUCAUUAAUGCAAUGUAAGCUCCAUGCCAUGUAAUGUUGUCCAGAGCGAUAAGCAACGCGCCGUGGCGGUCAUGGCUACGCUCAUCCAAGAGAAUGGUAUCAAGGAGUUGAGCAAAGGCACCCAGGGGGUAGUGCCGAUCCAUGGCAUAUCCGCGCACAGCGUCCCCAGCCACAUGGUGCCCGACCACGAGUAUUGUGAGGCGGGCGCCACGGCGCCGACAGCGCAGCCUUGCACUGAUGUGUCCGAGGCCACCACGCCUUCCAUUGCCGAAGAAGAAGAAGAUACCCCAGAAAUAGAUAUUAUGAUAAACAAUGUCGUGUGCAGUUUUAGUGUUAAGUGCCACCUGAACUUGAGACAGAUAGCUUUGAAUGGUGUUAACGUGGAAUUCCGCCGUGAGAAUGGCAUGGUAACUAUGAAGUUGCGUCGGCCAUACACGACCGCAUCUAUCUGGUCGUCGGGCCGCGUCACGUGCACCGGCGCCACCAGCGAAGACCAAGCGAAGAUCGCCGCGAGGCGGUAUGCCCGCGCCCUGCAGAAGUUGGGCUUCCAAGUCCGCUUUCAGAACUUCCGCGUAGUCAAUGUACUAGGAACAUGUCGAAUGCCUUUCGGUAUUCGUAUCAUAGCCUUCUCCAAUAAAUAUAAAGAAGCAGACUAUGAACCAGAGUUACAUCCAGGUGUAACUUAUAAACUAUAUGAUCCCAAAGCCACACUAAAGAUAUUUUCAACGGGUGGUGUUACAAUCACAGCUCGCAGUGUGAACGACGUGCAGUCAGCGGUGGAGCGCAUCUUCCCGCUGGUGUACGAGUUCCGCAAGCCGCGCACGGCGGCGGACGAGGAGCUGCUGCGGCAGAAGCGAGCGGCACGCGCGCCCGCGCCGCCCGCCGCCCCGCCCGCCGCGCCGCGCCGCGCGCGUCUCGAUGACAACGACCCCAUGCGCCUCGUCACCCUCUCCGACGACGACAACGACGCCUGGGAGUGACGCCGCGCCCACCGCGCUCCCGUAGCCCAGUGACUCUUGACGCGAAACGAACAUUGGCAUAAAGCAAUAACUAUCGGUUGUUAGUGCAAUCGCGUGUGAAUUGUCGGCGAGCUGUUCGGUUCAUGCCAAAGAUAUUUAUUAGGGAGGUGCUUCGUGUUCGAUCGGGCCUCGGUCGGCCCGCGCUUCUGUAGAUUCGAAGUCGAAUCGCUCCUCGUGAUGCUCCUAUGACCUCUUUAAGUACAUUGUAGGUGAUGUUUACAUGUAAACCAAAUUUGUCAUAAAACUACUAAACACGUUUGAGAAUAAAUCUCGAUGACGAUACUCAGUCACGUUUUUCAUUUGCUGUUAUGAUUGAGGAAUUUGUAGUGAUAAUAGUGUUCAAUAAGAUUGUUCUAAGAGAUGACUGAAUGAUUAGUUAGAUGUUAGUGAUUGUAAAUAUGAAAAGCUUGGACAUUAUACGUUUCAAUAAAA